AUGUUUGCUAUUCUCGCCCCAGUCCUUCUGCUGAUACAGGCAGUCCUUUCCGCACCUGUAGAGCAAGUCGCGGCCGCAGCGACCGUGGGAAAGAUCCGCGGCGUCCGCUCUCCAAUCUACCACCUCUAUCUCCAAGCGGAUCCCAAGAAUGCUUCGCACCCUGUGCUUGGUCCCGAAAGUGCGGCAGAUGAGUUCACGAUAGGAGGAACGAUCCAGAGCAAGAAGACGAGCCAGUACCUGAAUCUUCAGACGGUCAGCACGAGCUACAAGCCUGUCGUGUGGGCGGCCACGGGCGAGACAACAGCAUGGGGCCUUGAAGGCGACACCAUCAUCACCGUGCAGGGGAGCAGCUAUGGAAGGCGUAAGUUCAAUCUUCUAGCACUUUCACUAUACGUUGAAAAGAAGUCCCCCUCUCCGUAUGUAUGA